AUGACUUAUAGGUUAUGUCUUUUUAGAAUUGGAAAAUAUUGGCGAAAGAGCUGGAACAGGCACGAGCAACUUACGAUUCUCAAAACGAUUCUCCUGGGAACGCAAUCAGCAAUCGAAGCAUGCCCCUCUUCCAGUAGUUUGGUGUCCAUCUGGCGGCAAUUACUGAAAAUUCCACCAGUCGUCGAGGACAUAAUUACGGGCAAAGAAGGAAUAACUCGAGGAGGGUGGCCCACCUACUUCACCGACCUUGGACGCUCUCCGAUGAAUUUGAACAAGCAUUACGGUAUUCGGUCGCGGGUUGUGCAUUUUCAUCGCUCGUGCAUUCUUUUUUUUUUUUUUUUUUUUUCGAAAGAACAUUCCGAAAGAUCCUGGUCUCCAAAGGAAAGGAACGAAAGGAAGAAGAAGAAGAAGAAAGAGUUGGGUUUCACAAUUGGCAUCGAUAUUAAUUCUUGAACGAAUCUUUCGUAUGAAUAACGAUUGCUCACAAUAGAAUAGAUUUGCAUGAAAAAAAAAAAGGAAUAAGAAACAAAGAGAGAAAGAAUCGUCGAUAAAAUAUAAAUAUAAGAUAAGUUAGUCGAGUUGGUGGGAUAAAUUUACAGGAGGCCUAUUUUCGUCGAGGCCGCAGACUUUUAUUUUUCUGCGAAAAAUAAUCGUCAAAGAACUUUUAAAUAUCUAACCUAACGGCUGUGUGUGCGUGUGUGUUACUUUGUAAUCGUGCAACGGAGAAAUACGAGGAGAGGAUGAAACUCUUGCCGCCUUCUUCGAAACGUCGUAAACGUUCCUCGUAUUUUUUUCCUCGCGCUUGUUCCAACGGGAAAUUACUUCUAAAGCGAUGCUGCCGAUACCAUCUUUCCUUUGUUACCAAGCCAAACAAUUUUGCUCGAUUGACCACGAAAGCGCUUGUGCUUUAUGAAGAUACGAUUAAUUAUUUAAUUAUAAAUCGUGUCUCCAUUCGAUCGUUCCUUAUCUUCGUUCAUCGAUCUAUUUAUUUUUUUAAAAAUCAUUUUUCUAGCCUUUUUCUUUUUCACAUCUAAAAAAGUUACGUGUAGAAUCGAUGAAUAAAAUAUUGCACGAGUAGAAAAUCACCGAGAGACCAUCAUCAUCAUCGUCGUCGUCGCUUCCGAGAAAACAAAUUCCCUCUGCGUUACAUUCCUUCGUAAAUACUCGACUCCUUGCGGUUCCACGCAGGAUCUUCUUAGAACAGCGUGGACAAGGAAGAAAGAUCCUUGCCGCAGAUGACUUCAUACACCGAGUUGUAUUCCUUAUACCGAUUUCUCCUUCUUCCUCCGCGCGUUUCUUCAGAUAUUGUCGUCACGCACGUUUGUACCGUUAUUGCGCAGCUAUUGCGCAACACUUGCAUACCUGUAACGAUCAAAUGAAACUUGUGUUAUUGACAAAAAAAAAAAAAAAGUAGCGGGGAAAAAAGAA